AUGGCCGAAUCUUGGGAAUCGAAUAAUACUUCUAAGAAACAAUUAACCUUUGUAUGGCUCGAUUCCGAUGCAUUUGAGAAUGAUGAAAAUUUAGAAACACAACAAGAAUUAUAUGCUAUUGCUGAUAAUGUUGAAAUAUUUACUGAUAGUAAUGUUUGUGAAGAAUUUAUUCGAUCUGUUCCUAAUCAACGACUUGUUCUUUUUGCAAGUGGUCGUUUAGGUCUUCAUAUAAUUCCACGUAUUCAUCAACUUAAACAGAUAAUUGCUAUUUAUAUCUAUUCUGUCACACAUAAUCCAGUCACAACAUUACCUCAAUCUUCAACCGCAAGUACACAUGAUAUACAAUCGAUAUCAUCAUCAUCAAAAGAAUACGAACAAAUGCCAUUGGUUUCUAUUGAAACGGCUACUGCUCCACUAAUGAAGAUCGUUCCCAAUCUUGAACAGAUGGUUACAACAGCAAAAUCGAAUUGUUACGCACCAGAUGAUGGUUUAUCAUCGGAUGAAUCCGCUUCUAUUAUGCUUUAUACAAUGGAAUGGUCGACAAAAGAACCAUCAUUUUGUUAUUUUCUCAAUCGAGCAUUGAAUUCAAAUGAUGAAAAACAACUUAGACCAUGGUUUCACUAUUUAAAACUUGUUUCUCAUGCCUUAGCAAAACUUAAAACACAACGUCGUACUAUCUAUCGAGUCAUUACAGAAGAUGUCAGUCGUCGAUACCAAGAAGGAAACAAAUUUGUUUGGUCUGAAUUUAUUAGUGGUACAACGUAUGUUAAAGCACUUGAUGAUGAGAAAAAUUCUAGUCAAGGUAGUAAACGAACUCUAUUCACUAUCGAAUGUGAAACUGGCAAAGAUAUUAGUCGUCAUACAUUCAGUGAUGAACAUGAUGAUAUUCUACUUAUACCCGGUCGACAAUUUGAAGUCGUCGCCUGUCUCGAUCCGGGUGAUGGACUUCGAAUGAUUCAAAUUAAAGAAGUAACAUUAACAUAA